CCGACGCGGCGCAGGAGAGCCCAGCGCCAGGCGAGCAGGAGCGCAGCGGCCGCGGGGCAGCAGUCCGGGGGCAGAAGCGAAGCACCGAUGGCCACCUCUCUUGCUCUUCCGCAGCACCAAGAGCUUCCUCCGGUGUAAGCCUUCCGUGCCCAAGGUCUGCCGGGCCCGAUCUCGGAGCUGAGAAAACCGUCCCCUGAAGACAUCGCGAUGAAAGCGUUGCUGUUUGUGCUCCUCGUCGAAGCGUGCCUCUCCUCCCUGGUUCCAGAGAAGGAGAAGAACCCCGAGUACUGGAGGCAUCAGGCCCAGGAGACGCUGAAGAAGGCGCUGAGCUUGCAGGAGCUCAACACCAACGUGGCCAAGAACGUCAUCCUCUUCCUGGGGGACGGCAUGGGGAUCUCGACGGUGACAGCGGCUCGGAUCCUCAAGGGGCAGCUGCAGAACAAGAACGGAGAGGAAACGGUGCUGGAAAUGGACCGCUUUCCAUACGUGGCUCUGUCCAAGACAUACAACACCAACGCGCAGGUCCCCGAUAGCGCGGGCACCGCCACGGCCUACCUGUGUGGGGUGAAGGCUAACGAAGGCACCCUGGGCGUCAGCGCCGCGGUGACGCGGUCCCAGUGCAACACCACGGCGGGCAACGAGGUCACCUCCAUCCUCAAGUGGGCCAAAGCAGCAGGCAAAUCCGUGGGCAUCGUCACCACCACCCGUGUGAACCACGCCACCCCAAGCGCCGCCUACGCCCACUCCGCCGACCGCGACUGGUACUCGGAUGGCGAGAUGCCGCCCGAGGCCGUCCAGCAGGGCUGCAAAGACAUCGCCCACCAGCUGUUUGAAAACAUCCCGGACAUCGAGGUGAUUAUGGGUGGAGGCCGGAAGUACAUGUUUCCCCAAAACACCAGCGAUGUGGAAUACCCAAACGAGGAGAAAUACCGAGGGACACGGCUGGACGGCAGGAACCUCAUCGAGGAGUGGAAGAAGCAGAAGCCGGGAGAUAAGAACGCCUAUUAUGUGUGGAACCAGACGGAACUGACGAAGCUGGACCUCAACAAAGUGGACUAUUUGUUGGGCCUCUUUGAGCCCAUCGAUAUGAUGUACGAACUGAACCGAAACAACAAGACGGAUCCUUCCCUCACGGAAAUGGUGCUGGUGGCCCUCAAAAUCCUCCAGAGGAACCCCCUUGGGUUCUUCCUACUCGUAGAAGGAGGCAGGAUUGAUCACGGACACCACGAGGGGAAAGCAAAGCAGGCGUUGCACGAGGCGGUAGAGAUGGACCAAGCCAUCGGCCUGGCUGGCCGCAUGACCUCUUCGAAGGACACCCUGACCGUGGUCACCGCUGACCACUCCCACGUCUUCACUUUUGGAGGCUACACGCGCCGCGGCAAUUCCAUUUUUGGGCUGGCCCCGAUGCAGAGCGACGUGGAUAAGAAACCGUUUACGUCCAUCCUCUACGGAAACGGACCUGGGUACAGAGUGACACCGGCUGGCGAGAGAGAAAACGUGUCCGCUGUGAAUUUCACCGACACCAACUACCAGGCCCAAUCCGCCGUCCCGCUGCGCAUGGAGACCCACGGCGGCGAGGACGUGGCCGUCUUUGCCAAGGGGCCGAUGGCUCACCUCCUCCAUGGCGUCCACGAGCAGAGCUACAUCCCACACGUCAUGGCCUACGCCGCCUGCAUCGGCGAAAACCAGAACCAUUGCGGCUCCAGCGCCCCUCGCAGCCUGGCGGGGCCCCUGACCGCCAUCUCCGCGCUCUUCUCCUUGCUCCUGCUCGGACUCCUGUUCUAAAGGACCGGCCCUCCCACCCUCCCGGCCCGUUUGCUCUUGUACCACGUGCCCUGACUGUACAAACUGAGGUUUCGUCCCCACGCUGAGGCGUCCUGCAUCCAACUUGCCUCUGGGGAUUUCCAGCUUCAGGGACAUUGGCCAACGCCGGGGGGCUUUGCCCGGUACCCCACGGCACCUAUUUGCUCCCUGAAGGGGCAACCAAGACGCAGCUGAGGAUUCCUGUUGUAGGCCGGAAGGCCGAGGCGGCUGAGUCACGGACGGCAGGUCUCUGGAAGGCCUGUUUGGGACGUCCCAGGAUCCAAGCCAAACUGCACAGCUGGAGACGCUGGGGCCGUUUUCUCCUGGGUGGAGAUAAGAGCGUUCUUGUGGGAUCCGCUAGAGAGGAGGGAAGCGCCGCCUUGGCGUUCUGCUCUCCCCUGCUGAAGUUUAUCUUAUCUCAGCUGAAUGCUUCUGCUCAUUGUCUGAAAGGCUUGACCCUGACGUAGGCAAUUGGGCGAUUCGAAAGAGAAAAUGCGUUGGCUGCUCGCUUGCUUGUCUGCCCGUCCACUUUUCCUCCCCUGGUUCUUUUUCACUGAUUUAUACAGCAAAUAUCAGACCCACGCACCCACCGCCACAAACCUGCGGUGGAAGAAUGUCCAACACACCUCUCCCACCAUACUAAAACCCACCGGGCUCAUUCUCCCAUGAAGCUGAUGGGUGGGAGAUGCAGGACAAAUAAAAGGAAGGACUUCUGCACACAGCGCAUUGUUAAACUCUGGAACUCACCGCCACAAGAUGUCGUGAUGGCCACCCAUUUGGAUGGCUUUAAAAGGGGGUUGGAUCAAUUCCUGGAGGAAGAAGGCCAUCCAGGGCUACUAGUCCUGAAGGCUCGGUGCUGUCCCCAGGAUCAGAGGCGGUAUGCUUAUGUACAACAGUUGCUGGGGAACAUGGGUGGGAGAGUGCUGUUUCAUUCAUGUUGUCCUUGUGGGUUUCCCAUUGGGGCAGCUGGUUGGCCAUUGGGGGAACAAAAUGCUGGGCUAGAUGGACCCUUGGUCUGAUCUUCUUAUGAGCUUAAGGUUUGCCUCCUUGGGCUGGUGUUUUUAAAAGAUGCUCCCAUCAGGAGGUUGUCAUGCAGGAUAGAACCAGUCCCAAGGGUGUAUACGGAUAUGCCUAAAAGGAAGGCAUGCUACAUGUUGGAAGUGUCCUCGCUACAUUCUUGCCAUGUGUACGUAGCCCUCUGCAAGGUUGAACUCACAUAAAACCAGUUUUUUGAGAAAUGGUUGGCUGUCGCAUCAUAACACCCACUCCCUCCUUAGAAAGCAUUUCUGCAGCAUUUGACAUUUUUAUGCUUUAGGAAGAAGAAAGAAAAAACACCCAAUAACUCCAAAGGUCAACCAUUGAACUUCUGUUUGUACGUUUGAAGACGUGAAUGUUGAAGGAUGAAACGGAAAGGCAGGCGCUCUGCUGGAAGGGAGAGGGGUCAAGGUGGGGCGGGCAUCUCUCGAAUGUGUGGCAAAAGUGAGGUGGGGGUGGGCAGCUGGUCUCACUCCACAAGAGAGAGGAAGAGUAAAACUCAAACCGAAAUGUCGCCCCUGGUGUGCGGCUGCUGUGAAAAGGGCAAUUUCCUCGCUGGGGGAUCAUUAAACAAG